CGGGUCCGGGAAUAAACGAAUAGUAACAGACAGCGCAACGGGAGCAGAGACCAUUGCAGCAGCAGCGAACGGGGCCCCCAUGCACUGCUGAUGCUGCCACCUCCGGUUCGAUCCGGUUCCAGGCCAGGGGAGAGGAGGAGGAGACGCGGCAAGAGGAAGAGAGAGACGAACAGCUGCCGCCUAAAUCCUCCUCCCGCUGCAGCAGCAACACAGCGAAAGGGCGAGAGUGCCAUGAGGCACACCUAUCCCCCCUCUCGCCCCCUCCUCCCCACGUCCUGCCAACCGUAAACAAACCGCUGGCUGCACGUGGAAUGGCGCAACAUGGCAACGCAGGACUUCACUCGACAUACAGCCGACUGACACAUUCCGCAGCGGCGAGCAGCAGCCGCCAGCCUCUGUACUGCUGGGCCGAAGCUGGAGCGUGGCCUCCGCGCAGCUGCUACCGGGACUCGGUGCGAUCGUCGCUCCACGACGAGGAGAUGGUGGGCCUUCGCUGUGAGUGGGAGCGCAAGACAGACAGGAAGUUCCACCAGAACCAGCUUCGUAUCCAGCAGGAGCGCCAGCAGGAGCUGGCUGACAUGCAACUGCACGACAGAAGGCACAGGCUGAUGCAAGUGCUGGAGAGCGAGAAGAAAAUGCUUGAACGAAAGCUGACUGCCCUAAACUUGGCGGAGAAAUCAACUAGGCGUCAACAGUGCAGCAAUCUUGAAGAUAAAGUUUCACAACUCCCCAAAAUGAACAAAACAAACCAAUAAACUGGGACAGCCCCCAUUUUUUUACCCUU